AUGCUUGUUCCUGAUCGUAAUCCAUCAACACCAGUUUCAUCAAAUAAUACAAAAAAACGUUCAACAAUAACUAAACAACGAAAAUCAAAAAAACCUCGUAAUGAAUUUGAUGAUAAUGAUUUAUCAAAAGAUGGAGAAAAUUCUUUAUCACAAUCAAUUUUUGAUGAUCCAGCAUCAUCAAGAACACCAUUAACUGGUCAAAAAAUAACUGAUUCACAAUUACCACGUAGUACAAAUUUAACUGAUUUAAAUGAUGAAGUUGAUGAGAAUAUAGAUGAUCAACAAAUUCAAGGAGAUUCUUAUCAAAUUAAAAAAUUUAAUGAACCUGAAGCAUGUGAACAAACACAUCAUAUUAUAAUUCCAAGUUAUUCAGCAUGGUUUGAUUAUAAUGCAAUAAAUUCUAUAGAAAAACGAGCAUUAAUUGAAUUUUUCAAUUCAAAAAAUCGUUCAAAAACACCAGAAAUUUAUAUGGCAUAUCGAAAUUUUAUGAUUGAUACAUAUCGUUUAAAUCCAAAUGAAUAUUUAUCAAUAACAGCAUGUCGAAGAAAUUUAGCUGGUGAUGUUUGUGCUAUAAUGCGUAUACAUGCAUUUCUUGAACAAUGGGGUUUAAUUAAUUAUCAAAUGGAUGCUGAUUUACGUCCAACACCAAUGGGAGCACCAUCAUCAUCACAUUUUGCAUUAUUAACAGAUUCAUCAGCAGCAAAAAAUUCAGCAACAAAACAAAUAGCAGAUUUAAAACAAGAAGCUAAACGAGAAGAACGUGAUAUUGAAAGUACUUUGGGUUUAAGAACUGAUCAAUAUAAUAAAAAACUUAAUUUGAAUACAAAAACUAAAGCGAAAGAUUGGCUAGAUCAAGAAAUUCUUUUAUUACUCGAAGGUCUUGAAAUGUAUAAAGAUGAUUGGAAUAAAGUUUGUGAACAUGUUGGUACACGUACCCAAGAUGAAUGUAUUUUAAAAUUUCUUCAAUUACCUAUUGAAGAUCCAUAUUUAGAAGGAAAUGGUAGUGCAUUAGGUCCACUUUCUUAUCCAACAAUACCAUUUAGUCAAAGUGGUAAUCCUGUUAUGUCAACAGUUGCAUUUCUUGCAUCUGUUGUUGAUCCACGUGUUGCUAGUGCAGCAGCUAAAGCUGCUUUAGAAGAAUUUUCUAAAAUGCAUGAAGAUGUAUCAACAACUGUAAAUGAUACAAAUAAAGAAACAAAUGAUAAUUCAACUUCACUAAUAGGUGAAUUAAAUAGUAAUGAAAAUGAAGAAUCAUCUAAAAUAAAACAAGAAAAACUUGAUGUUAAUGAUGAUAAUGAUGAAACGAAAAAAAUGGAAAUUAAUGAUACUGAACCAAAGAAAAUGGAAGUUAAUGAUAAUGAAGAAGCUCAAACAGUUAAUGAUGAAUCAGCAGCAGCAGCAGCAGCAGCAACAGCAGCAUCAUCAUCAACUAUUCCAAAACCUACAACUAAUAAUGAUCAACAAGAUCCAAGAAAAUUAUUAGCCGCAGAAAUUAAUGAAAAAGAUACGAAAGCAGCAGCAGCAAGUGCAUUAGCUGCAGCUUCUGUUAAAGCUAAAUAUUUAGCGUCAAUAGAAGAACGUAAAAUCAAAUCAUUAGUAGCACAAGUCGUUGAAAUGCAAAUAAAAAAACUUGAAAUAAAAUUACGACAUUUUGAAGAUCUUGAAUCGAUAAUGGAUCGUGAACGUGAAAUGAUUGAACUUCAACGACAACAAUUAUUACAAGAAAGACAGCAAUAUCAAUUUGAACAAAUAAAAACAUCAGAAUUUAAACAUCGACAAACUCUAGAAACAUUCAAUAAUAAAUCAUCACCAUUACCAUCAUCAUCAUCAAAUGUUACAAAUGGAAAUGAUACACAUAUGCAAAGUGAAGAAUCAAUGGAUUCACAACAAAGUGAUAGUUCACCUGCGAACAUGUUAUUAAGAAAUGAAGGUGGUACAGGAGAAGCAUCGACAACAUCAUCUCUUCCUAAUGAAAAGAUGCUUACUGAAAAUGCCAGUCCUUUUUCGGAUAAUAAUAGUGAAUUAUCGGAUGAACAUGAUGAAGAUUUAUUAUUUUCUCAUUUACAAUAUCAAACUACAACAUCACGAUCAAUGGACAAUUUUUUGAAUAGAUUCAAACAUGGUGAAUCAAACGAUGGAUUACAAUCGAUAUAUAAAAAAAAAUCUAAACCAGAUUAUGAUAAACGACGUUAUCAAUGUUCAAUAUGUUCAAAAAGAUUUAAACAUAAACAUCAUUUAAAAGAACAUGAAAGAUUACAUACCGGUGAAAAACCUUAUACUUGUGAUAAAUGUGGUAAACGGUUUAGUCAUUCAGGUUCGUAUUCUCAACAUAUUCAUCAACGUAAUAAAUAUUGUCGACCAGAUCAAGUUGAUACUGAUAAUGAAUAA